UAAGUUAUUUUCAUUUAUUUGUGCAGAUCGGCUUUUUUUAAAGGAAAAAAUAAACAGCACACCUUAUAGACGCACAAAGUAAUUUUCCCCUUAUUAUUUCCCUCCUCUCGCCACUUCACACUCCAGUCCAGCGGGUGGCGCUAAAACACACACGUUUGUUUGCCAAACACCAGUAAACCUCAGAGGAAGAAGAUUUAGCGCCCUCUCUGUUGUAUUGUCUUGAUGCUGGCUUAACAAAAACUGUUAGAAAUGUAGUUUCUGUAAGCAGAAAAAUAGUUUUUGAAUCAGGUCAGUAAAUACCUGUAAUAUUCUGAUCUGACAGUCGUGACUAAGUUUUGAAGCAAGCAGGAAUAUCUGGAGGAGUAUCAUCUGAACUGAGAUCUGCUGCUGUGAAGAUGGUGUUUGUUAAAGAGUGUGAGGAGAACAUGAGUGAACCAGAAACCUGGAGAAUAAAACACGAGGAACCAGAAACCUGGAGAAUAAAACACGAGGAACCAGAAACCUGGAGAAUAAAACACGAGGAACCAGAAACCUGGAGAAUAAAACACGAGGAACCAGAAACCUGGAGAAUAAAACACGAGGAACCAGAAACCUGGAGAAUAAAACACGAGGAACCAGAAUCUUUGAGAAUAAAACACGAGGAACCAGAACCGUUGAGAAUAAAACAAGAGGAACAAGAAUCUUUGAGAAUAAACCACGAGGAACCAGAACCUUUGAGAAUAAAACAAGAGGAACAAGAAUCUUUGAGAAUAAACCACGAGGAACCAGAACCUUUGAGAAUAAAACAAGAGGAACAAGAAACAUGGAGAAUAAACCACGAGGAACCAGAAACCUGGAGAAUAAAACAAGAGGAACCAGAACCCUGGAGAAUAAAACAAGAGGAACCAGAACCCUUGAAAAUAAAACACGAAGAACAAGGAGAGUUGAUUGAAGAAAAAGAGGAGGAUGAAGAAUCAAGUGAAGUUGAGAAGAAAAAUCAUGUCAAAACUGGAGUAAAAACUUUGAGUUGCUCUCAAACCAAAAAUAAAGAUUUAAAGAAAAGAAGAGCCAAGAAAUCUUUCACCUGCACUCAGUGUGGAAAGAGUUUGACAAGCAAAACAAGUCUUGUGCGUCACAUGAGAAUUCAUACUGGAGAGAAACCAUUCACUUGUGAUCAGUGCGGGAAGAGUUUCACACAGUCAUCAAACCUUAAGGUACACAUGAACAUCCACACUGGAGAGAAGCAGCAUGCAUGUGAACAAUGUGGUAAAAUGUUUUUAUGGGCUUCAGUACUGAAGGAACACUUGAAAGUUCAUACAAAGGAGAAGCCCCGUUCAUGCCAUUUGUGUGGUAAGAGUUUUUUGCGUCUACAAAAUUUGAAAGUACUACAGAAAAUACAUACUGCUGUGGGAGAGUACAUGUGCUUUAAGUGUGAAAAGACUUUUACUUCAGCGACCUGUUUAAAACCGCACGAAAGGAUGCAAACUGGAGAGAAACCUUAUAAGUGUUCACACUGUGACAAGAGAUUCAAUAAGUCAGGGGACCUUAAAAUACACAAGAGGAUCCACACUGGAGAGAAACCUUAUAUGUGUUCACACUGUGACAAGAGAUUCAUUAAGUCAGGAGACCUGAAAAUACAUGAGAGGGUCCACACUGGAGAGAAACCUUAUAAGUGUUCACACUGCAACAAGAGAUUCAGUCAGUCAGUACAUCUGAAAACACACGAGAGGAUCCACACUGGAGAGAAACCUUAUAAGUGUUCACAUUGUGACAAGAGAUUCAGUAAGUCAGGAGACCUUAAAAUACAUGAGAGGAUCCACACAGGUGAGAAACCUUAUAAGUGUUCACAUUGUGACAAGAGAUUCAAUAAAUCAGGAGAUGUGAAAACACAUGAGAUGAUCCACACUGGUGAGAAACCUUAUAAGUGUUCACACUGUGAUGAGAGAUUCAGUCAGUCAUCAAAUCUGAAAAGACACGAGAGGAUUCACACUGGAAAGAAACCGUAUCACUGCACUGCACAUAGGAAGCGUUUCAUUCAAUCAUCUGCUCUACACAGUCAUACAAAAAAAAGAACGAGGGGGGAUAAAAGUUCAGACAGGGAAAGCUCUGGCUUCGCGCAGAUGAGCCCUAAGUAGAUCAUCUUCAGGUCCAGCACUUUCAGAUCUGAUGCUGCCUCCUCACCAAAUGCAAAACAAUAAUGCAUCAAGCAAUAAAAUAUUAUCUGGAUAAAUCUGUUCUAAACAGACAUUACAAGUGACAUAAAAAAGAAACAUUAUCUAAAGUUUUUACAGUCAAUAAAGUUCAUCUUCAUCUUCAAAACCAGCAGAUUCAACUGAGAUUCAGAUCAACUCAAACAUGGAGUUCCUCUCCAAAGAACAAUGUCAAAAAGUGUUAUCCUUGUAUGCCAUUUUGCUUCGUGAUAUAAGUGAUAUCAUUGUGUUUUCUUAUGAGUUUCAUAUUAUGUUCAAUUGUCUUAUAAUGCAUAUGUAUCACUUGUAGUUUGCUUACUCUUUCAUGAAGGAAAGUAGAUGCUUUUUACAAACUGUUCUUGUUCAGGACACUGUUUCUUGUUCAACACUUUUAAGAGAGACUGGGAUUUAAUUUUAAUUUGUUCUUCAUUGUUGUUUUUAAAAUGACUGGGUUAUUCUUCCAUUUAAGAUGUAUUUAGAAAAUGCAGAUGCAAGACAUACUGUCAUGUAGUUUUGCAACUGUUUCUUCUGUGCUUCUCUUGUAAAUAAGGAUGAAUAGCUGAACCCGGUAUUAAACGAACCCUGUGGCUAAAUUACGAAAGACUGUAGUAUUGAUAACCUCUAAUGUUAACUGUUCUGCUUUUGGUGCGGGUUAAAUUAAGGAAAUACACUUACAGUUUGUUACUGCUACAUAAAUAUUGUCAAGCUAACUGUAUCUUGACAACUGUUUCUACAUGUGACAAUAUCAAGACAUUCGUCACUGAUGUUUUUUCGUUAUUUUGCAAUCCAGAAAUGAGAUCUCUCUGUUACUUUAGGGCUGUGCAAUUAAUCUAAUUUUAUUUACGAUUGAGUUUGACUUUCGAGGAUUAUGAAACUGCAAAUGUUUCAACAAUGAUUUCAUUAACAGCAUGCAUUUUGAAGCAGUUGAUUUAAAUGUUGGUUAAAUUAAUAAUAAAUAUAUACAUAACAUUUUACUCCUGUGGAAACUGUAAUGCUAGAAUUGCACGUCUGAAAUAGAUGUUGUUCAAUCAGGACAAAAAGAAAUACACACACAAUUCAGAGAAAUAAACCUGAAAACAUACGGUACAGACUUAAGCCCUGUUUGGACGGUAAUUGUUUCUCAGGGGGACAUAAGUGAUUUUCACCAUUUUCAGGGAGUAGUUGGGAUUUUAAUGCCGCCCGAAUCCAGGAUGUCGGUGUUUUUCUUUCACCACCCCCGUAAAAAUCCCCGGCCAAAUUACCUACUGUUUUUUGAAAAACACCAAGGUCGUGUGGUAAUUUAAUUGCCGAGUUUAUGAGAAGAAAUUGAUUCAAAAUUCAGUGUAUAAACCCUUUUCGAGCACUCCAGAACACCGUAAGGUAACUGUUGUACAUCGGUGUAAUUUGCAUACAUAUUUAUUUCUGAAAUGCUGGAAAGUAUUUAAAAGAACAAUACUUCAUAACUGCUCCACCACAGCGAGUGAGAGCAGAAAGAGAAGAAAAACACCUACAAAUUCCAAAUGGGUCUUUAUUAUGGCAGCAGCAGCAGGUAUGCAAUACAAUUUUAAAAUGUGCAGGCCUAAUAUAAACCGAUUAUAUAUCACGUAUAUAUACACAACUAUAGUGGGUCUAUUUUCCUAUUUUUAAACAGCAGAUUUAAAUAAUAAAUAUGACUAUAUAUUAUAAAAUAUGCUUGGAAUAAUAAGAAUACAUUUAUAUAAUAAUAAGUAUUUUAAAGUACAUUUUACACAAGAAUAAAUGUGACUGGCCACGUGAGCAGCGCGUUCCCGGGUUCGUAGGAUCACAGAUCUCACUCCUCCACUGGGAAUAAAUCACCAUCCGAAUCCAUGAGUUUUAUCACUAAGGUGAUAUGUAAAUUUAUUAAUACAGACGUCCAUAUGAGAAACAAUUACCGUCCGAAUCGGGUUUAGAUAUGAAGCUUCAUUUCCAAGUUGAUGCAAGGUAAGUUUUUAAUUUCAAUACAGUAUAGAGCAACAUAGUAACAGAGGCUUCUAUUGUAAUAUUUAUUGUACGUUCAAAUAAAUUUCUGAUACUAAUACCAGAUAUAUUUUCAUGUUUAAU